AUGUCGGAUCGUAGGGGCGGACGCAGAGGGGGUGCAGGAGAGCCCGAGACGGCUCGUGUAUAUCAGGAGUUCCUGAAGACAUUCCAACCAGAAGACCCUUCUGCGGACAAGACUUUUAUUAGAGGUGGUGUGAUGAAUGCGGGCUCGGGCCAGAUUGCCCUAGACAGUAAAAAGGGUUCGUUGUGGGUUCCGAGUAGCGCCCCUAAGUCGGCUGAGGCGGCAGCUGCAGCGGCUGCUGCCGCUGCUGCAGCAGCUGCUGCGGCAGGCAGCGGCAGCAGCGCCCAGUCCCCAGCCCCCAAGCGCAUGCCAGCCCGUCCUGGACAGAAGCGGGAGAUAGACUCUUUUCUCGAAGAGAUUAAAAAGCGUCAAGAGUUGCAAGGCCAGAAGCGGCGACUCUACGAGAGGCUAAACCUAUCCCGCACAGAGGAAGAACGAUGCGCUCUUCGCUUCCAAAUAGCGGCACUGGAGAACGCGACAAGGCCCCGUGGGGCCCCCCCCAUCGAUUUGGAGAAGGAGAGCUCAACGAAUUUGUAUCUGGGAAAUUUGUCACCUGAGAUAACGGAGGAGUUUCUCUGCCAGCAAUUCGGGAAGCACGGGGUCAUUACCAGCGUUAAGAUUAUGUACCCACGAACAGAAGAAGAGAAACGCCGGAACAGGAAUUGCGGUUUUGUUUCCUUCGAAACCAGGCCUCAAGCUGAAUCUGCAAAGAAUAGCCUAGACGGGAAGUCUUUCUAUGGAAUGGUGAUCCGCAUUGGGUGGGGAAAGGCCCUACGACCUUCUUUUGGCGCCACUCCUGCUGCCAUGAGCAGCGGAUUCUCGGAUUCUCCAUUCCCAUCUGCGGGCUUCUCUCCACCUCCCCAAACGAACUUCACCGCGGAGGCCCCAGCAGCGACUCCCACUCCUCCCCCUCCUCCCGAGGCGGAGAUGGUGGAGGUGCAAGUGCCUAAGGACCGCAAAGUCAAGAUGAUGAUUGACUUGUUGGCGAAAUACGUAGCAGAGGAAGGGCAUGUAUUUGAGCAGCAAGUGAUGGAGAAGUUCCCUCCAGACAGCGGCCGUCUCAGCUUCAUCUAUGAAAAGGAUUCGCCAGACAACAUUUACUACAGGUGGCGAGUGUACGCAUUCGGGCAGGGAGACACUUUGAAGGCCUGGCGCCUAGAGCCUUUCUACAUCUACUCGGGGGGCAGGCGGUGGGCACCUCCGCCUGAGAAAUACUUUCAGCAACCGGCUAAGAAAAAGGCAGAGGCAGCAGAAGAACGGAGCCUCCGUGCAGCUGCUCGCGGGGGUGAACGUCUGAGUGCAGCGGACCGAGAGGAACUGGAGGAGUUGCUACGCAACAUAACUCGGGAUAGGGCGUCGAUAUGCGCGGCGAUGUCCUUCUGCAUGUCCCACGGGAACAGCAGCGCGGAAGUCUGCAACUGCUUGACGGAGUCGUUGACGCUACCGGACACUGCCCUGACAAUGCGGUUGGCUCGGAUGUACCUCUUGUCGGAUUUGCUGGCAAAUUCCAGUGCACAGACGGCGCACGCCUGGACCUACAGACAUCACCUCGAGAAGCACUUGCCAUUCAUUGCGGAUCGCUGGAGCAAAGUGCUGGAGGACCUCCGUUUGGGCGUUGGUGUUGGGGGGGCUAGUCCGCGGACCCAACAAGAGCAGUGGCAAGGAGUCGAGAGGGCUCUCUACAAGAUGACGAAGUUGUGGGAGGCCUGGGGUGUAUAUCCACCUGCGUUUCUUAGGGGCAUCGAGGCCACACUCUGCGGCCGCGACAUUACAGCAACAAUUCUGGACCCCGAAGCAGCCGCAGCAGCAGCAGCAAAGUGUGAGGCUGCUGCAUUAGAACUUGCAGACCCUCAACUGGAUGGAGAGCCUUUGGCGGAGAACCUCAGGCCCCUCAUCGCGCAAUUCCCCCUUUGGUUGCGACCUUCUGCAAUGGAGUGGUUGCUGCUCGACCGAUACCAGUUAGACAGGCUCUGCCAGCAGCGGGGACUGGGAGUGUUACCUUCCCGCAGCAGCAGCAGCAGCAGCAGCGAAAGACGACAGAAGCAGCUCCUGCAGCUGGCGCGGCAGGAGCUAUACUGGAAACUAAAACAAGAGGCAGCAGAGGUACCGCUAGACGUGCUUCUGGAGGCUCAGGCAGCUGCCGCAGCAGAGCGUCAAGCAGCCGCUGCUGCUGCAGCGAUCCCACAGGAGGUGACGCCAGUCAUUGAAGCCCCGGAUGGGUCUACCGGUACGCAGGAGGGCGGCACGAAGCAGCAUGGCGACGAGGAGCAGAACCAAGACGACGUGGCAAGCGAGGCGUCAGACAUUUUUGUCUUUGAGAGAGAAGAGGAGCAACCACAGCAGCAGCAGGAGGAGGACGACGAAGGUGCAGCAGCAUCAGCAGUAACCGCAGCAGCAGCAGCAACGGAGUCUCAAGAGGCCCGGGAGUCUGACAGAGAGCGGAUGCGGGCCAUAGAGCUGAAGGUCACCGAGCUGCAGGUUCAGCUUGAGGAUCAGGGUGUCUCUAAGGAUGAAAUCGCCAGCCGCUGCGACGCCCUCAGGCAAAAGCUUCUUGAGGAGCAUAAGACCACAGAAGAGGCGGCCAAGCGAAAAACGGGGAAGAACCGUGACCGAAGUAGCUCUCCCCACAGCAGUCGCAAGAAGGCGUGA